GCAACGAAAGCAAGAAUCUCUCUUCCCGUCGGUCACGGUCGCGAAUCUCUCAGGCAAUCUCUCUUUCUCUCUCUCUCUCUCUCAGGUUACUUGGUGAGAGGAAGUUUAAUCGAGUUCUUUCGCCAUGAAUGCUAAUUUAGAGGAACAAAGGAAAGGAAAGUAUAUUCUAAUCCGUGAUGAUGUUGAGGACUCUGAGUUAGGCCAUUUCUAUAAGCCCCUUCCUUGCUUCGGUUGUGGAAUCGGAUGGUUCUCGUUUCUUCUUGGAUUCGUCUUCCCAUUUGCGUGGUACGUUGCUACAUUUCUAUAUUUGACAAACUAUUACCGUAGAGAUCCUCGGGAAAGAUCUGGUCUUGCUGCCUCUGCUAUAGCUGCUUUGAUAUUCUCUGUUGCACUUGUGAUCACCGUGCUUGUGCUUGUUUUCUCGGGUCGCUAGAGUCUUGUUACACUUUGCAUAUUCUUUCUGAGUUUCAAAGGAAAACAACUUCAAAAGUCUGUUUCCACACCAAGUGAAAAAUAUUUCAAUUUGAUGAAGACAAAUAUCGGUUUCGGAGAGAAGAAGGUACUGCUAGUCCUUUUUGAAUCAAAAUUUGGUUUGCUUUGUACAUAAGUCAGUGUAUACUUUUAAACAAUUGAAAUGAGAUAUAUAUAACUCUUGGAGAUUUAUGUAGUUUCAGGCUUGUAUUUUAAGCCAGACAAGAACCCUACCCAAGGUUAUGUCUGGUUCUUAUCUUCCUUGUUCAAAGUCUUUUCUGUCUUUCUUUUCUUAUUGAACCUCAAGAAACAGAGAAAGGAAUGGAAUUAAGGGAAGAAGCUUUGACGAUUAGGA